CUUGAUUCGGUCACUUGUGCAAACGGGUUUAUCAAAUCUUGUCUCUUAUCAGUUUUUUCGGGAUAAUGGGUCAGGCUGAUAUUGGUAUGAUUGGUUUGGCGGUGAUGGGCCAGAACCUCGUCCUAAAUAUGAAUGACCAUGGAUUCACUGUUUCAGUUUACAACCGAACUGUAUCGAAAGUGACGGAGUUUCUUGAAAAUGAAGCUAAGGGAACUAAGAUCAUCGGAACUAUGUCUUUAGAGGAAUUCGUUCAAAGUUUGAAGCGCCCUAGAAAAGCUAUGCUACUGGUCAAAGCAGGUCAGGCAGUCGAUGAUUUUAUAUCAAAGCUGGUACCUUUACUUGAAAAAGGUGAUAUCAUAAUUGAUGGAGGGAAUUCAGAAUAUACGGAUACUGAUCGGCGCUGCUCAGAACUAGCUAAGCUUGGAAUCCUUUAUGUUGGUACGGGCGUCAGCGGUGGAGAAGAGGGUGCCAGACAUGGACCAAGUCUUAUGCCUGGAGGUAAUCCGGAAGCUUGGUCGCAUAUUAAACCGAUAUUCCAGUCGAUUGCAGCCAAAGCUAAGUCUGGUGAACCGUGUUGUGAUUGGACGGGAGCUGGUGGUGCUGGACAUUUCGUCAAAAUGGUUCAUAAUGGUAUUGAGUAUGGUGACAUGCAGUUAACAGCUGAAGCUUAUCAUUUGAUGCGUUCCUUAGGUCAUUUCUCAAAUGAUGAAAUAGCUAAAGUUUUUAAAGAAUGGAAUGAGGGUCCAUUGGAAUCGUAUCUCAUUGAAAUAACUGGUCAUAUAUUAGCUUAUAAAGAAUCAGAUGGUUCACAUUUAAUUGAUAAAAUAAUGGAUACUGCCGGGCAGAAAGGUACUGGUAAGUGGACUGCAAUCUGUGGACUUGAACAUGGGGUGCCUGUCACACUUAUAGCUGAAGCUGUAUUUUCCCGCAUUUUAUCGUCGAUGAGGGCCGUUCGUCUAGAAGCAUCUAGUGUUUUGCAUGGGCCAAAGAAUAAACCUUUUCAUUGUUCUAACCCAACUGAGGCAAAACAACUUGUAGAUGAUAUAUGGAAGGCAUUAUAUGCAUCCAAAAUCGUUUCCUAUGCUCAAGGAUUUAUGCUUUUGCAACACGCUCAUCACAGCUUUGGUUGGAACCUGGAUCUUGGUUCAAUAGCUCUUAUGUGGCGUGGUGGCUGUAUCAUACGCAGUAAAUUCCUUGGAAAUAUAAAAGAAGCGUAUGAUCGAAAUCCCACCCUUAGCAAUCUACUUCUAGAUCCUUUCUUCAAACAAAUUAUUGAUGAUUGUCAAAAUGGAUGGCGUCAGGUUGUUUCUCAUGCAGCCCUGAACGGAAUUCCCACGCCUGCUUUCAGCUCUGCACUAACAUUUUACGAUGGAAUAACAUGCCCAUGUCUACCUGCUAACUUACUUCAAGCUCAGCGUGAUUACUUUGGCGCUCAUCAAUUUGAAAAAACUAAUAAUCCAGGUACAUUCGUUCAUGCCGACUGGACUGGUCAUGGUGGUUCAGUUGCCUCCUCUACCUAUCAGGUCUAAUUCCAAUAAUCUGGAGUGGAUAUUUUCUCAUACUUAUAUUACUCAUAGAGACGAGGAUACUUUUACUGACUAUAUUAUCUGUUUAGUAAAUUCUUUAAAGCUCUUUUCACAUGUAGGGAUAUCCAGAAUUGGUUUGUUCUAAUGAUUCGUUUAAUAUAAAAAGAAAAUUCUUUUGUACAACUUUUUUAUUCAACUGGUAGCCAUUGGAAUUUAUUCCAUCUCGUCUCCGGAACCAAAGGCUUCACGUUGUUCGUUAUCUUCCCCACCGGCAUUAACGCCCGUUCUCAAACGAUCGUUAGCUGAAGAGGUGGCUAUUUUUGCAGGGGCUGGCUUCGCAUUCUUUCCUUCACACGCAACAAUUUUAAUCUGACAACACAAAAAAAAGAUAUUUGGAAAACACGUAUGUUAUCAAUGAAAUACCUUGCACAUUCUCCUGAAGAUGGUUUUUAGCAUUAUAAAAUGCAAGCCUUAACCCAUAUCUAUGCUGCUACGCCAUUUAACAAGAUAUCGACAAUCAAAGUGGAUCAUUGUAUGGAUUGUAUAUCUUUAUUUGUAGCAGUAGCAUUGGUUAAUGUAACCUGGCGAAACAGAAAGUGACUGCGCUAUAACAAGAAAUAAAAAAGGCUGACGGCAUAAAUGACAGUCAGCGCAGAGAAAUAAGAAUCUAUACACUAUGCUGCCUAUCUAUUAUGACUAAGAUGUGACAACCAAUCAUAUUUGCAUACCAACAAUGAUGAAGAAACUCGACUGAAGCUUACCUUAUGAACUGUCAUGAUAGCGGAUGAGUCCUUUAUUUCUACAUCGUUCAUUACUAAUGUCCAUACAUUGUCACAGUUUCUGUAGGUAUUUAAAUGACCGCGAAUAGAAAGACGGUUCUUAACACGUUUUGCCAAAGCAUUACUAAUACACUGGUCAAAUUUUUGCAUUACCUAAAAUGAUAAUUUUAAUUUUUAACGGAUUUAUAUAUACUUUAUGAUCCAUACCAGGCUGCAAUAAAUUAUGAGCCAGCAUCUCAUCUAGGGCUUCUCGUAGAGUAGUCCCCAGUGUAGUACUUCUGUACAUUUCAUGAUAAGUCAUCUUGAGUAAAAAUUCUGAAAUUUAAAACAAGCAUAACAUGAAAUUCGUACAUUGCAAUUAAAAGACAGGACUGCUGGUCAUUGUAUGACAACAGUAGGAAAAUACACGAUCAAAUCCAGUCAGUGGCUUCAGUUAUAAACUAGUAUAAAUAAUACUUAUAAAAUCAAAUAUCGUGUAGCGCUAUAGUUAUUCAAUAAUAUUGGCCUGAACAAGUUCCCAUUGUGAUUCUUUGCAUCAAGACACAUCUGAUAUCAUUCAGAGUUGAACCGUAUCUAAAGAACCCUUCGACUAUGAGUCACGUAUCAUUGAUGUGAGGUUUGUUCAAGUAGGUAAUACGGGGAAAGAUCGAACCACUUAAGUUAGCGACUGGUGAUUUCAUACGAAGAUAUUGUCGAUAAGUCACCUAAAGCACGUGCGAUGGGAAAGAUAUCAUACUGACAGUCAAAAUGAGACGGGGUGGCUACUUUUCUGUCGAUUUCCACAUCGGGUGGUGAGGUAAUUUACAGGAGAGCUUAAGAUAGUGUCUAUGUGAAACACAGGUAACUUAUCACUGUCAAAGUAAUACGAGUCCGUCUAGAUGGCAAAUUUAGCGAAGAAUGAUCGUUAGAAAAAUGCAUCCCACAGAGGUGUUAUCAGUGCUUUUUACAUAACAUGAAACUCGAAAACCCCUCUGCCAGCAUAACAACACGGAACCUUGUACAAAAUUGCUACUAUUUAGGUUGCAAAUAUGUAUAAGAACGCCAACAACAGUGAAAGGACACAAUAGUAAAGGUAGUGAUAAACGAUAGUUCGUACAGGGACUGCAGUUAAUUUUGAGGGUUUUACUAAGAAUUUACAAUUGACUUCUAACACCUUAACUCGUCGCGCAGCCUACUUAGCUCAGAUUAGCAGGCGGCAGAUUCACAGAAUGUCUUUAUAUGAACACUUGGAUCUCUCCUACCUUAUCCGACUCAUUAAUUUCGAUGUAAACAGUCAUUUGAAAAGCAUAAUACGAGUUCACGCUACUUUAGUCAGAGCACAUUUACAAACUCAGUGACUGAUUUAUCUUUGAUAAACAAACCACUUAGGAAAGGAUACGACUAAAGUAUGGAUUUUGGAGCCCUCAAGCAACUCAGGAUGCAUUCUUAGCACUGCCGUAACUUCAAAUUCAGGUCCGAAAAUUUCGGUAGUUUGUGACACUGAUUAUAUUAGGUACACACUAUAUGACUGUAUAAUCGCUGCUGUGCUAAGUUUAGGUGAGAAAAGUCGUCAGUCUCUUUUGGGGUACUGCGAUCUUGUUAGUCAUCGGGCUGACUGCGGAAUAGAAAAAAUGCGAUCGUCGGAUUCUCUGAUUAAGAAUCCACUAGCGGGACUACAUCGAAAUCCUAAAUGCGGGUUCUUGAGAUGUAACAGCUGUCAUUAUUAGUACCCACAUACUUCAACGGAACUUGCGUUUCAUGCACUUUAGAUCGAAGUGAAAUAUUCUGAUACAACGAGCCUGGUUUCAGAUUGCAGAAUUAACUUAGGCAACCGAUUCGAAUAGAUCAGAUCUGCAGACACCAAUAUUAAAUUGCGAUACACCUUACAAAAAAUAAGACAAUGUAAACCACAGAGAUGAGAUAAGAUUUCAUUACCAUUUGUGCGAUACCAUGCAAGCGGAAAAAUCAACUUAUCACCGUUCCCUGCUAUGGAAGUCAGGUGAAUUUUAUAACAGCAGUCACGUAAUUAGACCAGGGAGAUAGUUUUCUUAGGAAACUAUGGCCACACUAUUCUAUUUGGCUAACUCGUAAAAGUUUAAAGGUGUGUUAAAAUUGGGGCUAACAGUACAUAUCUAUGUCCUAUUUACAAAGUUUUACUAGGACCCAUAUAUGUGAAUUCUAGAUCACAGUUUUCUAAAUCCUCCAGAUAAAUACAGAGGGUUCAUCUGACAUGUCUAAUUUAUUUUAUAGCAACUCACCAGGUGCAGGUUGUAUUAGGCUAUGAAAUACACUUAUUGUGUAUGGGCUUAUACCUUCAUCACAAACAAUCCCACUUACAGUAGAGGAUGCUGCAUUGACCAAAAUAUUCAGUAAAGUACACAUAAUGUGCUCUUUUAGCUGAGACCGGCUAGAUUCAAGGGACAAUUAAGUACUGAAGUUGUCCAAGUGCCUGUUAGAGUCCAGUUAUUUCCUGUACACAGUAAUACCCAAACCAUGUGUUCUCCGUUUAACUUGAUAAUCCAACACAGCUAAUCCACCUUGCUCAUAAGCAAACUGAAUUUUAUCUACUACUGGGUUUAUGUGUUGGUAAAUGAACAAAGAAAUACUGCAGUUAUCUUUUUCUAAAAUUGCAUAUGGUUAGAAACUUCUACUCUUCAUCUUGCACCUCACUGCGGUUUUACCUGAUGUACUGAUAUGAGCUGUGGCAACUCGGACUGUUACGCAGUAAUGCCUGGUCCUAUGUUGAUAGUCAUGAUGACAAACUUUUACAGCCCUUUUAUUUUGCAUUCCCAUGAACCAUUAUUCCCUCUUUCGAAUUAAUCUCCCAUUUAAGUAGUAUUUGUGUUAUUCCGAUCAACUCUUCUUAGUUUCUGAGUAUUCACAAAUAGAUCACACUUGUCUACAAAAUGAAACACCGCCUGCUUCUUUAUCAGACAUAACAAAUAAGUAGCUAGCCUCAAAAAAUCCUGAAAAGUAUGCCCAACAUAAACAGGGUAGAGAGAUGAAUCAGUUUAUACUAACUCAUAAUACGUGUACUGCAUUGAAACAUUUUUGAAAGACCAGCUGGGAAUGACUUAGGUAUUAACCACGCGAUGUACAGAAAUAGCUCAGCGAUAUGUUAAGUUGUUAUGAAUUUAAACAACAGAUAUUACUUCAUACUGUUACGGCAAUGACCCAUAAGGAGUGAAUUUCAGAAUAUUUCCCUAUGAAUAGGCAUGCUUUGUACAAAGAUAUGAUAUUGAAUAUAUCUAAGAUGUUCCGAAUGAUUUUAGGUUUUCGCUGACUUAGAUUAAUUUUAAACGUGUAGUCGGAAAAACAAAACAAUAGUAGUCAUGACAAUCCGAAUCGGAAUAAUAUAAUAGAAUAGUAUUUAUUCAUCACAGACGCAUAGGCAUUCUUUUGUGACACUCAUACUUAUGACAUACAACCACCGUUAUCUUCAUAGCAUAGGCCAUGUGUCAUAGUGCUACUAUGUCGGUAGUGUAGACAUUAGGUACACAGUUUUAGGGGAAGAGGAAAGUGGUUUGAUGAAGUAAUGAACCUUCAUUGACUCAGGUGGCUGGGAUAUGAACUAUGCAUGUCACAUCCCCGUUUGCUUCAUUGCAAAAUGUUGGCUGAAGCAGGUUUGGCCUAAAAAAUGGUUAGAGAGGGCAGGACUAAAAGAUGGAGUUAGUGCCUGACUUUUGGUCUCGAGUAGGCGAAGCCACACUUCCUGGUCCGAGUCUGUGACAACGGAAAGAAAACCAGUGGUCGGAGAUUUUAGUUCAUACGGCUCAGGACCAACUUGUGACAUAGGUGUAUCGACAUACAACCCUCAUCUUAAUUACCACGCAAAAUUCAAUUACUGUUUCAUUUCUUCUUGUUUUCUGUUCGCUACUUCGUCAUUCUGACUACUUUCCUCCGUAUUUAGCUACUUGUCAUCCUGGUACUUUCCACAUUGAUAUACCGAUAAGAGAUGUAAGGCAUUGGACAAUCACACAGUAAUCUCAAGCUAUAUGUUAAUACUGCAGUAUUUAAAAUUUGUUGGUUUCACUUAGGUAAUCAUGAUUGCCUAGGUGAAACCAACGAAUUUCCACACCUAUAAUUGGUGAACCUAGGUUUAUUAUGACAGUAACAGUAUGAAACCGUUAAUCAUAUGAAAUACCAACGUUAGCCCCUCGUUUUCAGUUGCACAGUUUGGAUGUCCAAAACGUCAAUUCCAUAUUAUAAGAAAUGUGACACCACUAAUCUAAGGUAGUGCCUGCAAUGUUGAGACAAAUCAUUGUCUCUUACUUUUUCAGAAUACAUGUGAAAAUGGCUUUGCAGCACAGAUAUAGGUUGUGGCAGAUGGCCAUAUCACUACUGUCUAUCCUCCAAUUAUUACUCUUCAAAAGGUGACUAGAUACACAUCCAUAUGAUGAGUGUUCUCACCUAAUAAGGCUGUUAGGUUAAGCGAUAACCUUACUCAGUAAAAGUCAGCAACUAGUGAGCAGGCUUCAGGUGUCGGAAUUUAUGUUAGUCGCUCUCAUAUACCGAAUAAUCCUUCAUUCGCGCAAACCAUAUCCAGGAUGUUACUUAAGCCACACAUAGUUUAGUACAAAAGUAUAAGAUAACCCUCUUUUAGUUUGUGUCUAUCUAUAAGAAUGUAACAUGCUAGACAAAUACAUCGAGCAUUUACAUCAUCCGUACUAUAAUUACCCCUACGUAACUGCAGGGUUUGAAAACACCUUCAAUAUCCAAUAUCCAAUAUUGAUAGUGCGAGCGUAGAAAACUAGUAGUUUUUGAUCUCUCGCGUCUAGUUCUUCAAGGCCAGGCUU